GCCGAAGGUUCAGAACGCGUGUUGUUGGGAGCCCGGCAUUCAAUUUAGUUCAGUCUCAGGGUUGUCACGUGGGUUUGAACAGUUCACAGCAUGGGGAAGCCAGAUUUUGGAGGUGACAGACGUGGUGGAGGUGGACGUGGAGGCCGAGGAGGAUUUGGAGGAAGAGGAGGUGGUAGAGGAGGAGGCGGUAGGGGUGGUGGAGGAGGACCAAGAAAUAGUUUUGGCGGAGGAAGGGGGCGAGGUGGAAGACCUAGCGGUGGUAGAGGAGGAGGAGGAGGAAGGGGCGGACGUCCUAGUGGAGGCUUUAAAGGUGGCUCAAAAGUUAUUAUUGAACCCCAUCGUCAUCCUGGAGUGUUCAUUGCACGAGGUAAAGAAGAUGCCUUAGUUACUCUGAAUAUGGCACCUGGUGAUGCAGUCUAUGGAGAAAAAAGAAUAUCUGUUGAGAAUGAUGGAGAGAAGAUUGAAUACAGAGUAUGGAAUCCAUUCAGAUCGAAGUUAGCUGCUGCUAUUUUAGGUGGAAUUGAUCAGAUCCACAUUCCUCCUGGUUCCAAAGUCCUUUACCUGGGUGCAGCAUCUGGAACAACCGUGUCUCACGUCUCCGAUAUAGUUGGACCUGAAGGACUUGUAUAUGCUGUAGAAUUUUCACACAGAUCUGGCAGAGAUUUGUUAGGAGUAGCUAAAAAAAGGACCAAUAUCAUUCCAAUUAUCGAAGACGCAAGGCAUCCCCACAAAUACAGGAUGUUAAUAGGAAUGGUGGAUUGUAUAUUUGCUGAUGUAGCUCAACCUGAUCAAGCAAGAAUAGUUGCAAUCAAUGCCCACAGUUAUCUGAAGAACGGUGGUCAUUUUGUGAUCUCCAUUAAGGCUAACUGUAUAGAUUCAACAGCUCAGCCUGAAGCAGUUUUUGCUGGAGAAGUGAAGAAACUACAAGCAGAAAAACUUAAACCGCAAGAACAAUUGACAUUAGAACCUUAUGAAAGAGAUCAUGCGGUGGUUGUUGGAAUUUACAGGCCUCCACCUAAAAAAGCAUGAUACCAAGAACCUUUUUUUUUUUUUUUUGUUAAUGAUUUUAUAUGUAUAGCUGUUAUAUUAUAACUGAAUUAAAUUUGAAUAAUUAUAGUCUCAUAACUUGUCUUCUUUGUAAUUUAAUCUCCCUAAAUGUCCUCUCUGUAUUCUUACUUCUGGGGCAACAUUGUGUCUCAACUGUUUAUACUUAUCUGUUCUAUUUUGAUCUUGGGCUGUAGAUGCUGUUAUAGCAGCAUCAAUACUGUACCUUUAUUGAAAGUUGAAAUAAUCAUUUGUCUAUUUGAAGGAAAUAGAAGUCUUCUAAGAAAUUAAAAUUAAACAUGUAUUUUUUUUUAACCUAUCAAAAGUGGAAGUACCACUGUAUUGCCAAAUUAUCACUAUUGACAUUUACCUAUUAAUUAAAUUAGUUGGUAGUAAGAAUUCUUAGGAUUUCUCAAAAGUGUAUACAAAUGCAAGGUCACUCAUAUACUUUACCUGAGCAAAUACCAAAUGAUUAAUUAACCAAAACAGAAUUGUAUAUCUAUCACAAAAUACAAAAAAAAAAAAAAUAGUGAAUGGAACACCA